AUGCUGCAGCCCAUCCAGUAUGCGCCAUGGACCUCCGACGUCGAGCUGGCCUUCUACUCGGCGCUCGCAUCCCUCAAGAUCAACCACGACAAGCUCGACUCGUCCGCGCGCAAGGUACUCGGCCUGUACGAGAUCAACCACAAAGACCCGCCCGAUCGAUCGACUCGCAUGCAGAUCCAUGGCACUGCGCUCACAACCGAUGAGCCUCCGCACGGAUACUAUCGCGCAGAUGGCUUCAUACGCAACUUCAACACGAUCGAGGAGUUUCGGUCCGUUGAUAAGCAUGAGUACUUGAGCCGGGCUGCUCGCAUGAUAUGGGAUGCGAUUCAAGAUGGCACUAUCUACUCUUGUCCCUCGCUGCUAUGCUCCUUCUCGGUCAUAAGCUUUGCAGACUUGAAGAAGUACAAGUUCUCAUACCACUUCGCAUACCCAGCGCUGCACUCAGACCCGCAGUGGAGGCUGGCAGCACCGUAUAGUAAUACGGAUGCUUCGGUCCGACAACUGGAAGCAAAAGAGACAACGAUGUUGGUGGAUGCAGUACAGACUUGGAGAUACAGCGUCGAUACCAGACAACAUGGCUUCUUCCUGGCCAAGCGGUUGCGAAAGGACACCCUUGAAAAGGAAUGGAAGGCAGGCAGAGGCGAAGUUGAGGAAGAGAAAGAUGACGACGACGGCAACCUUUGUUCGAAGAGGAAGAAGAGCACAAGAUCAUCUAGCCUGAGUGAGCUGGGCUUCCUCUGGUGGAUUGGCUCACUCUCAAGCUACGAGAAUGGCUUCUUUGACAACGCGCAGCCAGAGGAUCGUUACGUGUGUUUUGCCGACCCUUCUACUUACGCUGAGAACCCUGGUUGGAUGCUGCGGAACCUUCUUGUACUGGUACGGCAGCGGUGGAAGCUCGACAAGUUGCAAGUUCUGAGCUACCGAGAUACCCACGCUCGACGAGAACAUCCUACCUCGCUUAUCAUGACGCUUCAAUCAGCAGAACCCGUAUACGACUUCUCAGCUCAGAACCAGCUUGAAGAGAUGGCCAAGAUGGGCGCGUCGACUGCAUUCACACCCGAUCAGGUCGACCGAUUUGGCGAGCUGAUUAAGGAGAAACCGAAACAGAACACAGAGCAAGAACUACCUGUACGACCUGCACCCCCGCCACCACCGUCUAGUGUGACCGAAUUCCCAAAGGCCACUGGUUGGGAGCGAGGAGAGAACGGCAAAGUAAUCUCGCGGACGGUAGAUCUUGCUGCCUACAUGGACCCGUCGAGGCUUGCAGAUCAGGCCGUUGACCUUAACCUCAAACUCAUCAAAUGGCGAAUAUCACCUUCAAUUGAUUUGGACACGAUCAAGAACACCUCUUGCUUACUACUCGGAGCUGGCACUCUGGGUUCGUACGUUGCGAGAAAUCUCAUGGGUUGGGGUGUCAGAAAGAUUACCUUUGUCGACAACGGACGUGUGAGCUACUCAAAUCCAGUGAGACAACCCUUAUUCGACUUCAAAGACUGCACGAAUGGCGGUGCGUGGAAAGCGCAGCGAGCGUCAGAUGCUCUCAUGGAGAUUUACCCCGGCGUGGACUCAGAAGGAGUCGUCCUCAGUGUGCCAAUGGCUGGACACCCCAUCGUUGGCGAGGAGUCGAGAAUGCAGAAGGCCUUCGAACAACUACGAAAGCUCAUCAACGCCCAUGAUGCCAUCUUCCUUCUGAUGGACACAAGAGAGUCGCGAUGGCUUCCUACUGUCAUGGGCAAGUCAGCUGGCAAGAUUGUCAUCAAUGCCGCACUGGGCUUCGACACAUACAUGGUGAUGCGGCAUGGCCUACGAGCACCAGUACGACCCACUCCAAAGGUGACCUCAAAUAGCGCGGAGGGAACCGUGAUAACGCAUCCAAGCGAUCAACAAGAUCCCCUCUUGGCCGCUGCAUCAGACCCGAUAGAAAAGGGAGACCCAAGCAAAGGAGACCCAGAAGAGCUUGGCUGCUACUUCUGCUCUGACGUUGUUGCACCGGCAGACAGUCUGAAAUCAGCCACUCUCGACCAACAAUGCACAGUCACAAGACCUGGCGCAGCACCCAUCGCUUCAGCGCUGGCAGUAGAGUUGCUGGUCUCACUAACACAACACAAGCUCAAAGGCCGCGCCCCUGCACCACAACCCCCUACACCAGCAGCAAUCGCCCCCGCACCUCCCACAGACGCCUCCUUACCAGGCUCACAUCCCCUCGGCACUGUCCCUCACCAGCUUCGCGGCUACAUGUCAACCUGGCAAACCCUCCAGAUCAAAGGUGGGUCUUACGACUGCUGCUCGGGAUGCUCGCCCAAGAUUGUCGAGGCCUACGAAAAGGAUGGGUGGGAGUUUGUUAAGCGAGCUAUGAACGAGAAGGGGUUCGUGGAGGAGGUGAGUGGGUUGGCCGAGGUGCAGAGGAAGGCUGAGGAGGCGGAGAAGGCGAUGCUGGAGGAGGAGGAUGAGUGGCCUGAUGAGGAUGAGGAAGGGGAGUUGAUAUGA